GGAUCGCCGCUGCCAGCAAAUUAAGGCGCAGGGCUGCGAACGUCGGGGCGCAGUGUCCUCCGUGCCCCGCCGCGCUCGCACGGCCAAGCUCGGGCUCCCAGGCAUCCGCCCGUCUCAGCGGCACUCGGCCGCUCCGACAGUCCCCAGAGUGCGGAGGGAAGGAGCACGCGGAGGGGGUGCUGCUGGACCCCUGGGCUUUGCGCAGUUGAUGCUCGUGUUCAGCUUACGGCGGCGCAGCCUGUGGUCCAGCGGAGCGCCUCGGUGCUUGCGCACCUGGUUGAGCCCGUGGUUGGUCCUCUCUCGUCUUCUCCGGCUAGUUCAAAGUCUCUGCGGCUCCAGGGCUCUUGCAGUGGGGGAGAAGAGAAGCCAGUGUGGAGCUCUUGGACGGUUGGGACUGACUCAUCUGGAGUCCCGGGCUCCCCUGUGACUGCAUUCGGAAACUUUGCGCUGUUUCGGUCUUUGUCUCCCUUGGGGAAGCUGGACGGCAGUUCGGCAGACCCGGUCCCUGGCCGGGACCGCGCACAGGGGGCCAUGGAGUUCACGGCAUCGCCCAAGCCCCAGCUUUCCUCCAGGGCCAACGCCUUCUCCAUCGCCGCGCUGAUGUCAAGCGGCGGCUCCAAAGAGAAGGAAGCUACGGAGAACACAAUCAAACCCCUGGAACAAUUUGUUGAGAAGUCAUCCUGCGCUCAGCCCCUCAGCGAGCUGACCAGCCUAGACGCUCAUGGGGAGUUUGGUGGCAGCGGCGCUGGCAGCAGCAGCCCAUCCUCCUCUCUGUGCACCGAGCCACUGAUCCCCACUACCCCGAUCAUCCCCAGUGAAGAAAUGGCCAAAAUUGCCUGCAGCCUGGAGACCAAGGAGCUCUGGGACAAAUUCCAUGAGCUGGGCACAGAGAUGAUCAUCACCAAGUCUGGCAGGAGGAUGUUUCCUACCAUCCGGGUGUCCUUUUCCGGUGUGGAUUCUGAGGCCAAGUACAUAGUCCUGAUGGACAUCGUCCCGGUGGACAACAAGAGGUACCGCUAUGCCUACCACCGGUCCUCCUGGCUGGUGGCUGGCAAAGCAGACCCGCCACUGCCAGCCAGGCUGUAUGUACACCCAGAUUCUCCUUUUACUGGUGAGCAACUACUCAAACAGAUGGUGUCUUUUGAAAAGGUGAAACUCACCAACAAUGAACUGGAUCAACAUGGCCAUAUAAUUUUGAAUUCAAUGCAUAAGUACCAGCCACGGGUGCAUAUCAUUAAGAAGAAAGACCACACAGCCUCAUUGCUCAAUCUGAAAUCUGAAGAAUUCAGAACAUUCAUCUUUCCAGAGACAGUUUUUACGGCAGUCACUGCCUAUCAGAAUCAACUGAUAACCAAGCUGAAAAUAGACAGUAACCCUUUUGCCAAAGGAUUCCGGGACUCCUCCAGGCUCACUGACAUUGAGAGGGAAAGUGUGGAGAGCCUGAUUCAAAAGCAUUCCUAUGCCCGCUCACCCAUCCGUACCUAUGGAGGAGAAGAGGAUGUGCUGGGGGAUGACGUUCAGACAACACAGAAUCGAGGAUCAGCUUUUACAACAUCUGAUAAUCUAUCUCUCAGCUCCUGGGUAUCAUCUUCAUCCAGUUUUCCUGGAUUUCAGCACCCACAGUCCCUGACUGCUCUUGGCACCAGCACAGCAUCCAUAGCGACACCCAUUCCUCACCCCAUACAGGGCUCUCUGCCACCAUACAGCCGACUUGGGAUGCCUCUGACCCCAUCGGCCAUUGCCAGCUCCAUGCAGGGGAGUGGCCCGACAUUCCCCUCAUUCCACAUGCCCCGGUACCAUCACUACUUUCAGCAGGGGCCCUAUGCUGCUAUCCAAGGACUGCGCCAUUCCUCUGCUGUGAUGACGCCAUUUGUAUGACUCUUCUAAAGAUAGGAGAAUCCAGAUCCAGAAUGUGCAAAAAUGGGUAUGGAAAUAUAGGACAGGGUUGGGUGGGUGGGAUGUGGGGUGUUGGAGCAGGGGCUCUCCAGGAGACAUGGGACCUAUUCAAGAGGAGAGCUGGACUCACAAUAAAACCUACCACUGAGGGAAAGCACCAUGGACCAGGAUUCAUCUGCAGAUGGGGGACAGCUCUUGGGUUCGAGAGAAAAUCAGUGUAAAGUUCUUAGCUAGCCUAAGUCCUGCAACUAAUAGGAUAUCAAUUUAACCAGAAAGUUUAAUAAUGCAAGGCAGAUGAAUCUUAAGGUGCAUUAUUCCUAGUGGUUAAAAAUGCUGUGUUGAUGCAGUAAUGUAUAAAAAAAUCAAUGUGUAUAGGUUUUCUUCCUACUUCCCACAGAUUACAAGAACCUUCAAAGAGGCAAUACUAUAAAACAUAGCUACCAUAAUGCAUAAUGACUAACUUAAGUCCAUUUCUCCCUGUAGAAAUGAGAGCCAAUAGAGAAAUAUUUGUAGUGCUGUAGUUUAAGCAUGUUUAGUUUUCCUUUGUGUUAGUUUGCUGGAGAAGGAGCUGAGAUAAUGCUAAAGCACCCUAUUUUGUGGAUGAAUAGGUGAUAAUGACUUCAUAAGGUUCUUUUUGUAAUAUUGAAGGGCCAGUACCUGACAAGUUCAUUCUCACAGUCUUAUCUUCUUUCUUCCUAAUUCUCUUCCUUGCAAUUACUUGACACUUAUGUAGGAAAAAUCUUCCAUAUACAAUUAUGAAGCAAGAAGCUCUAUAUGUUACAUUGUAAAACUGAGGUUUUAUUUUUCUGGGCUGCAUUCUAAAUAUACCACUGACCUUAUUCACUGAGGAACACUUUAAAGUCUCUACACAAUGACAUGUGAGACUCACAGCUACAAUAAAAAAUGGUUGCCCUAUUCUGAAAGGAAUUUUUCUGCCAUGGGUACCAAAAACUCCUUCAUUUUUACUUCAGCUUUGGGAGACCUUAUGGAUGUUAAAAUGCACCAGGCCAAAUUCUCAUUCUCAAUAAAUCUGCUUUGUUGUUUGAUUAUCUGCUGCCACUGACUGACAAGGAUUUAUGAAUGACCAUUCUAAAUGCCCAUACAGCCACCACUUGACCUAUGGUUAUGAAAAGUUAUAUGUCCACAUAUCUGAUUUGUCCUUUUUUUCUUACUGUGUUAUAUUCAGUGACUCUACCAUUUUUAUAGAUCCAUAAUAUGAAAUUGCAUCUUCACUCAGUGACACCCUGACUAAACAUUGGCAGUGCUUAUAAGUAAAUCUAAAGCAUUUAUCAACUUUAUUUUCAACUCAUGCUAUCUUCUUAAGCCUUCUUUUAAUAUUUAUAAUAGUAAUUAACUAUAUUGUAAUUAUAUAUAAUAUCUGUAUUAUUUUUGAGCCAUAUAUAUCUAAUAAGCAUUUACAAUCAGAGAAGUACAUUUGGAAUUUUGCAACAGUCCAUUUCCUUAAUAACAGAGAUUUAAUGAAGCUUAUAGUCCUUCAACUCUAGACAUAAUACAUGCUAGCUACAAGAUUUAACCUGUCUUCUUCACAAAGUUCCCCAAAACUCUUAAUUUAAUUUUUAUGUAAUAUUCAUUCUACUCUGUUCUGACUACAAAAUACUGAUUCUAUUCAAGAAGAUGGGAAAUCUUGCUGCUGAGAGUAGAGGUGUAUUUGGAAGUAAAUGUAAUGUAUUUAUCACAUCAGACUCAAGUGGGAUUUUAUUUGGUUGUUUUAAUGUUAGGCUUUGCCAUAUCAAAUGCUUUUCUUGGGCAUUUCCAGCCUAUGAAACAAGGCAAAUGGCAUAGCCUGCCUACGUGAUGUCAUUGAUGAACUUUGCAAUUGUCUUUCUCCACUGCAUCCCAAAGUUCAGUUAUGGAGAGGCUCCAGCUGUGUUAACAAAACAUCUCAAAGUCCUGUGGUAGACACUAUAGGCUUAUUUCUAACUUCUUGCAUGUUAUACUAUAGUAGCCACAGGUAGUUCGUUUUCAAACACAGCACAGAUGUGCAUUUCUUUAAAAAAGCAGUUAUGUAUAAUGUUUAAAGUAGAUAUCCGUAGAGCAUAGACUAGGGAUUUAAUAUUUAAUAGUUGACCUGUUGUCAGUGCUCCUUUUAAUACGGACUACUGCUGCUUAAAGCAGGAAUAACAAAAGUAAAUACUAUUUUACAUGAUGCUACUUAAUACCCUGAUAAACUACUGUCCUACUAAAGUGAAUCCAUAUCUGGAUUUUCUUUUCAAUAAGAAUGAAAGGAUCAUUUUAAUGCUAUUUUUACAUUUGCCCAAUUGGUGUGUCUCAAAGUAGGUUUACAUAUUUUUGUUCAAUAUGGUUUUAUAUCAGUAUUUCCUGACUUCAUAACUUUAUUUUGAAUUAAUCAAUAUAAGACUAAAAAUAAGUAGCACGCUUAGAGAAAAGCAAAGACUAAAACAUCUUGGAAAAAAUAAUACCUGAAAUUCUAAAUUGGAUACAUUUUUAAAGUAUUUGGUACUAUCUGAACAAGAAAGAAGAAGCACAAGUGAAAUGGAGCUUAACCUGAUCAGUUACUCUAGUCAUGGGAACCAGGGGUAGAUAUAUGCACCACCAGGGUAUUUCUGAGCUAUUCUGCUUGUUGAUAACUCCUUGGGUAUUUAAGAUUUAAACUCUAAAAUCUCUUUUACCAAAAGCAAUUGCAAAACCUAGAUAUUUAGUGGGAAAGCAAACUGAAUAAUAAAAGAGCAUGAGUUAUAGUAUAUUUGGAAUAAAGUAAAGGUUCCCGCAGGCAUAUCACAGUAUC